GGAGCUGGCGUCUCCUCGCGGCGGGGCGGCGGGACGGCGGCCGCGGCCGGGAGCAGACGGGCGGCCAAGCGCAGACGGGCGGCCAGGCGCUGAGACCAGCCCCGCGGGAUCCCGGGCAGGAGGAUGACCCAGCGCGCGGCGGUGGAGGGCGCAGAGACUCGGAGCUGUCCGCCUAGCCUGAGCGCGUGAGUGAGCGCAGCGACUCCGCGCCCCCCGAGGCCCGGCCCAGCUUCCACUUUCAGUUCUUCUGGGUCCUCGCGUGGCACCUCCUGGAAGCGACCCGGGUCCGAAAGCAGGCUGGCCACAGUCCUCGGCCCGGGGGCAUCUUCAGGUCCCUGUGCCUAGACAUCCAGUUCUAUCUGCCUGGCCAUGGCUCUGUGUCUGAAGCAGGUGUUUGCUAAGGAUAAGACUUUCCGGCCCCGGAAGCGCUUCGAGCCUGGCACACAGCGCUUUGAGCUGUACAAGAAGGCACAAGCCUCACUCAAGUCCGGCCUGGACCUUCGGAGCGUGGUGAGGCUGCCACCUGGCGAGAGCAUCGACGACUGGAUCGCUGUGCACGUGGUGGACUUCUUCAACCGCAUCAACCUCAUCUACGGUACCAUGGCCGAGCACUGCAGUGAGAGCAGCUGCCCAGUCAUGGCUGGUGGGCCCCGCUAUGAGUACCGCUGGCAGGAUGAGCGCCAGUACCGAAGGCCUGCCAAGCUCUCGGCACCCCGCUAUAUGGCGUUGCUCAUGGACUGGAUUGAGGGCCUCAUCAACGAUGAGGAUGUCUUUCCUACACGUGUUGGAGUUCCCUUCCCCAAGAACUUCCAGCAGGUCUGCACCAAGAUCCUGACGCGCCUCUUCCGAGUCUUUGUCCAUGUCUACAUCCACCACUUUGACAGCAUCCUCAGCAUGGGGGCGGAGGCCCACGUCAACACCUGCUACAAGCACUUUUACUACUUCAUCCAGGAGUUCAGCCUGGUGGACCAGAGGGAACUAGAGCCACUGAGGGAGAUGACAGAACGUAUCUGUCACUGAGUCCACAUCCGGAUGUGGUUGCCUAUCAGAUGGACCAUCUGAACACAGUGUGGCUGGGAGAGGGGACCCUUGGGAGCCUGUUGGUAGAGCAAUCUAAAGGCCUGUAGGACACCUCUAUAUACCCAACACCUCUGGACUUCUCAGAGGUCUGUCUCUGUGUCCCCUGAUGCAUGGAGAAGGGAAGGCUUCAAGUGGGCAGCAGAAGGAAAGGAGGAGGUUAGCUUCUCACAUUAAGUCCAGAAUGGGGUACACUACCAGGAUUCUGCUCUGACACUUCACCCUUUCACCCAACCGUCAUAGUUCCCAAAUCCAUUUGGGGAACAUGGGGUGGCUGAAGUGAGGGCAAGAAAAUUAUAAGAGAGUGAGUGCCUGUAUCUGAGCAAGCAGGUGUGUGUGUGUGUGUGUGUUGAUUAUGGGAUUUGUCUGAGGGAUCCAGGUCCUUCCUGAACAUGGUAGGCCCUCAUGUUGGAUGGAUGGAUGGAUGGAUGGAUGGAUGGAUGGAUGGAUGGAUGGAUGGACAGGCUGAGAGUAAGUCCAUGGUUAUUAUAGGAGUAAUGACAGCUUAGUGACCCAACUCAACUCUGACCAUAUGUACAAGAGAACAAAAGGUGCAUGUAGAUGGAACUGUAGCUCUGAAUCUCCUAGACUACCAUUUUCCAUCAAUAUGAGUCUCAGGCAGUUGAGUGGAGGUUAGAAACUACACAGCUUUGCCCUGAGUUUCUUAAGCCUCUGGCCUACCACCAUGUGGGCUGAUUUGUGCAGCCAAGGAUGUCCGUGAUUGUCUGUUCACUCAUCUCUCUGCCUCCAGAGAGAUCCUAAUAUCAGUAAGCCUCUGUGCUGGUCAGUGGUGGCACACGUCUUUAAUCCAGGCACUUAGGAUCUCUGAGUUUGAGGCCAGCCUAAUCUACAGAGGGAGUUCCAGGACAGCCAGGACUAAACAAAACAAACAGUAAGCCUCUUAAGGGUUGGGAUUGAUCCACAAUGUUCACAAAGGUCCCCUGGCUCUUGAACUUGGACUCAGGAUACUUCAGGCUCGAACCCAGAAUCUACUGACAUGACUGAAGUCCAGCACAAAGUAGCCCUCCAAACCAAAGAGCUACUAGAAUUGGGGAAUCUGGAGUCUCAGGACACUAAGAACCAUGUAACUGAUGAAGACCUUCUCACCCUAAAAAUACCUGCCUCCACCCAACCAUCCAGCACAUUCCAGCUUCUUAGAUCUCCAAGCCCAGCUAUCCAGAGAGACUGGGAUGCUCAGGCAGUAGCCAUGACUCAAUACUGCCAUCCUGAGCCCAGUGCACAGACUCACAGAGAGGGACACGGUGACAGAAACAGUUCCCUGCCUUUCCAGAGCCUCAUCCUGAGAGGCCAGGAUGGAGAACAAGAAGUCACAGAAGAAUUUCAUCUCUGUCUCUCACUCUGCAGAGGAGGAAACUGAAACCCGCAUAAAAGCCAAAGCUCUCGACUUCAACUUGGGGGCCUGCUGAUUGUGACACUGAGACCAUAGGGGUUGUCAGACACUCUCCAGCAAUGUCCGAGCAAGGAUUUCUAGCCUGAUGCCAGAGAGCCCCACCACCCCUGGGUUGACUCUUGGCUGCUGAGACAAACCUCUAAAACCAGGCCCCUCCUUAUGGCUGAGGAAGUGUCUGCCCUCCAGAGAAACACCUGGGGCUCUCCAGACCAGCAGGACCUGAAACGUCUUUCUUUCUCUCUCUCUCUCUCUCUCUCUCUCUCUCUCUCUCUCUCUCUCUCUCUCUCUCUCUCCCAGUUCCAGAAAAGUCCCCAAGGGAAUGCUGGCCUGCAGCUUUGGCAAUGGUUCAGAACUGAGGAGAGUAGGAGAUUCCCCUGAGUGGGCUGCAGAAUAUACUCUGAAAUCUAGGCUGUGAAAAGGGAUGAUGGGGGGGGGGGAGGGAAAUCUAUUUUUGUGAGAAAAGGGAAGAUUUUGCUAUUUUUGGUAAAAUAAAAGAUGCAAACUAAAACAAC